GAAAACCCGAAAUCAUUCUCGAACCAAAAAGCUCAGGGAAGGACUUCAACAAUGGAGAGGAGAAACAGAGACGACAAGAUGGGCGGACCGGUUCCCCAGAACCAAGCCCAGACCCGAGGUCCACCCGGCAGACCCCUCCCUCCUCCUCCUCCUCACUCUAGAGGUCCACCGCCCCCGCCCCCUCCCCGCCUCGAGCCCGUCGACCGUGAAAAGACUUGCCCUUUGUUGCUUCGGGUUUUCACUAAGAUUGGAAGCCAUCAUAAUAAUGAGGAUUUUGCAGUCAGAGGCAAGGAGCCCAAAGAUGAGGUUCAAAUUUAUACAUGGAAAGACGCGACACUUCGCGAGCUAACUGAUCUCGUCAAAGAGAUUGCUCCAGAGGCUAGGAGAAGAAAUGCAAAACUUUCUUUUGCUUUUGUAUACCCUGACAGGCGCGGUCAUUUUGUGGUGAAAACGGUUGGGAUGACGCAUUCUUAUGGAAAUGGUAGAAAUCCGGAUGAGAACAAGGCAUUGAAUGAUUUUAACUUCCAGAUUGGGGAUUAUUUAGAUGUGGCGGUCCUAUAGAGAUGAUGGUGGUUGCUGCAUCAGCUGUGAAGCUUUUAUAAUGGCAGCAUCUCAGAUGGAUUGAGUAGGAAGGAGCGAGCCUGUAUCAUGUUUUUCCACCUUUAGAGUUGAUUUUAUGCCCAUUUUUGUGGAUGUAUUAAUAUGCUUUAUCUGCCUUUACUCAACCAUCUUGUGGAGGCCGUUCUGUAUGUUGUAUGGAUGUUGAAACGCGUCAGGAAGUAUUCUGGUAAUCUUAGUACUGUUGGUUUUUCAGUUCUUGCUACAUGAGAAAACACCUUAUCAUAUAUUAGCUGAAUAAUUUUUUAAGUA